AUGACCUUCUGGAGCUUGUUGCCAGUUGCCCUGGUGCUGCUCUGCUCCAGCACCCUCUGCUCCCUGGGCUGUGACUUGACUCUGGGUCUCCAGGAAGACUUCUCACUUCUGAACCAAAUGAGUACAUUUUCCCUGGUGCCAUGCCUGAAGGACAGGACCAACUUCAACUUCCCAAAGGAAGCCAUGGAAGGCAGCCAGCUCCAGAAGGAAGAUGCCAAAAUCAUUGUUCAUGAGAUGCUCCAACAGAUCUUCACCCUCUUUGGGCAGAAUGCUUCUCCUGCUGCCUGGAAUCAGACCCAGCUUAUGCAACUGCUCAUUGGACUGGAUCAACAGAUGGAGAAACUGGAGAGGUGUCUUGCACAGGAUGUGGAUUGGGAAGAGCCUUCCUUGGGAAGUGGGAAUCCCAUACUGGCCCUGAAGAACUACUUCAGAGGGAUAAGCCAGUACUUGCAGGGCAAAGAGUAUAGCCAUUGUGCUUGGGAAAUCAUCCGAAUAGAGAUUCGGAGAUGCUUUCUGUUUAUGAGCAAAGUUGCAAGAAAAUUCAGGGACUGA